CGGCUAACGCGCCCCGCGCCCGCUCCGCCCGCAGCGCCCCGGCCAGCGGCGGCUCCGCCGCUCCCAUCGCCCGGCACGGCAGUUCUUGUGUGGUUGGUGAAAAUAAGCCUACGCUGCAGGAAUGCAAGAGGAGCAACAGCCUGAGGCUGCUGCAGAUCCAAUGUCGUCCUCUGAUGCACCAGGAGAUGGCCCAAAGGGAGCACCAAGUAUAUCACAGAAUAUCUCUGAUGCAGAUGCAUUUAAAAUCCUCCUGGAGAUGAAGCUGAAGAAGAGGCAGAAAAGGCCUGCUUUACCAAACACUGUGACUGAGCUUAAUACUGAGGAUGGUUCUAAAGUGUAUGUGGUUGGAACAGCCCACUUCAGUGACAGCAGCAAAAAGGAUGUAGUAAAGACAAUACAAGAAGUGCAGCCUGAUGUAGUUGUGGUGGAACUGUGCCAGUACAGAGUUUCUAUGUUAAAAAUGGAUGAAAAGACAUUACUAAAAGAAGCCAAAGAAAUAAAUCUGGAAAAACUUCAACAAGCUAUAAAACAGAAUGGAGUCAUGUCUGGAUUGAUGCAAAUGCUGCUUCUGAAGGUUUCUGCUCACAUCACAGAGCAGCUGGGAAUGGCCCCAGGAGGAGAAUUCAGGGAGGCUUUCAAAGAGGCCAGUAAAGUACCUUUCUGUAAAUUCCACCUUGGUGACCGGCCCAUCCCUGUUACAUUUAAGAGAGCAAUUGCUGCACUUUCCUUCUGGCAAAAAGUCAAGCUUGCCUGGGGCCUUUGCUUCUUAUCUGACCCCAUCAGUAAAGAUGAUGUGGAGAAAUGCAAACAGAAGGAUUUACUGGAACAGAUGAUGGCAGAAAUGAUUGGAGAAUUCCCUGAUCUUCAUCGAACGAUUGUCUCCGAACGAGAUAUUUACUUGACCUACAUGCUGAAGCAAGCAGCAAAGCAGAUAGAACUACCUCGAGCUUCAGAAAAUGAACCUAGAAAAUAUAUCCCAGCUGUUGUAGUUGGUGUUGUUGGCAUGGGUCAUGUACCUGGGAUUGAAAAGAACUGGAAUUCUGACUUAAAGAUCCAGGAAAUAAUGAGUGUGCCUCCUCCAUCAGCUUCAAGUAAGAUUUUCAAAUUUGUUUUAAAAGCAACAGUGUUUGGACUGCUGGGAUACAGCUGCUACCGAAUAGGUCACAGGACAGUUCAGUUUGUUCUCUCAAUGCCAGCGACACAGAGCUAUCUCCAGAGGCUGACUGAGAUGCCUCAGCAGUGAACAAGCAGUAGAGGCUCUCUGUGAAGAAGGUGGCUGAGGAAAGGGCGAUGGAGGCAAUGCAUGAACUGGACUGAAGGAUGAGGAUUCUAGUCAGACCUGAUUGAUGCUGAGCAACACUCAAUCACUAUAUAAUAAAAGAUUUGGUACUGAAGUUACACCAGCUAUGAUCUAAUUAAUAGUUUUGAUUCUUGAUAGGUGUGUUGCAUGAAACCAGAUGAUUCCAGAUUGAGGUAAAAGAAAUGUGUAUCCAAAUAUAUAUAUAUAUGUUAUAUAUGCAUACUAUAUACAUGUACACUAUAUAUAUGCAUUGUAUAUAAUAUAUAUAUAUAUAAAACUGAUGAUGUAGUACAGGCAGCUUAAAGGGUGUGUGUUCAUGGCUCCUUUUCCAGAGGAAAGAACAACACAAAGUAUCCUAAUCAGCUGCAUCUCCUCUGAAGUUCAGGGACACUUGAGUGAUUCUUUGCUUUUUUCUUAGGUAUAAUAAUACCAAGUGUUUGUUUCUGGUGCCAGACACUUUUACACAUAAUUUAAAGGACAUCUUCUCAAUGUGUGUUUUAUACCUAAAACAUUUAGGCUUUUUUUAAACUUAAGAGCUUUCCAGAAAUUUCAGAAUUGUACAGGCUGUCAUACGUACACGGCUCAAAUUUUUUACAAGCCUUACUGAAGAACAGGAAUGUUGCCUUUAGAUUGCAUCCCUUGUUACCACCACCAGUUGAAUUGUCUUUCUCCUGCAUAGAGAAGGUGUAGCCACCCCGUCAGAAUGCAAUGUGGUUUGUGUCAGAUGUUUACAGGACACUCUGUUCCUUUAGAUUAGCUUAUUUAAACUAUUAUUUAGCCAAAUCCUGCUGGUUCCAGUAUUGUAAAUUUAAGAGACUAGAACUACUGUACAAUUUACUUUUGUUUCUCAGACCUUUCAUAUUUGGCAUAAAAAGCCUGGAAUUAACCUGCCCCUUGUUUUUGCUACAUGAAUAUACUUUAUUUAUCAAUGUAAUUUCUUGGUGGAUGAAUAUUUUAAUCUAUUUAAUAGGAAAGCAGUGUUCAAUUUAGUUUUUCAACCAAAUGUAGCAUUUUAUUUGGAUUACCUGCUAUUUAUAUGCAGAAUUGUGGGUACUACAGACUGCUGUUACUUUCUUUUUUAAUUAUCUGGAACACUCAUCCAUCAUCAAUCUUUCUUUCUUUCUUUCUUUUUUUUUUUUUUUAAUCCUAGCUUCAUAUUUCAUUGGAAUUUUUUGGUUCCUUCCCUUUUUAUAGGAUUGUCAGUGAUUGUAAAAUGCCCUUGGCAAUCAGCUAGUCCUGAUUCAACAACA